CAGCUAGAAGAUUAUUAACAACAAACCCAAAUGUGAAUUGUUACUUUAAAGUAAUAACAAAUCAAAAUGAGUUAAACAAUCUAAAAGAUUCAACCAAUUACCCGAUAACAGCAGGAGUAGACUAUGCCGUUGACAACUGGCAUGAUUCAGAAAAUGUAGGCAGAAGCCAAUGUACAUAUCAAACACCUCAAAUAUCAUUAAGAGAAUUACUAGAUAAUGCAUAUUUAACAGAUGAAAUCCAAUUAGGAAGACAAAAAGAUUUCCAAAACCUUAUAUACAAACCAGAUUAUGGAACUGAAAAUGAU